AUGCGGUGGCGGGACCGCCUGGCCGUGCUCUUCUUCCCACAAGGCCUGGUGCUCACCGUGGCGGCACUGAUGAUCUUCUUCAUACACCUAGGCGUCUUCGCCAGCGACCUGAACAACUUCUACAUCACCUACCACUACGACCGCAUGAGCUUCAACUAUACGAUCGUCCUGACAUUCUCCCAUGUGAUCAGCAUCUGCUGGGCUGCCGUGGGCUCACUCCAAGCUGAGUUGACAGGUGACAAAUACCUUCGCUGCUUUGCUCUGAUCAUCCUGAUGCUAAAUGGGAUCAUGUUCUUCAUCCGCCUGUCCCUGGACUUUCUGGCCAUCCAGUAUCGGAAGGAGUACCACUAA